AUGUUUCAUUUUGAUUCUGAAUGCUGUGCAAAAAACAAAAAAAAAUUGGUUUAAGUCUUGGAUGCAUUUGUUUAGUAUUCAAUUCUUUUUUGGUUUCAGGAUUGGACACAGUAUGAUAACUGAUGCUGAGCAGAGGGGUCUUAUAACACCAGGGAAGAGCAUUCUGGUGGAGCCAACUAGUGGAAACACUGGCAUUGGACUUGCAUUUAUAGCUGCUUCAAAAGGAUAUAAGCUCAUAUUGACAAUGCCAGCCUCAAUGAGUCUAGAAAGAAGGGUUCUUUUUAAAGCUUUUGGAGCUGAGCUUGUUUUGACUGAUUCUGCUAAGGGGAUGAACGGAGCAGUUCAGAAAGCUGAAGAAAUUUUGAAUAGCACGCCAAAUGCCUACAUGCUUCAACAAUUUGACAAUCCUGCAAAUCCAAAGGUAUUUUGCUGCAAUUUUUUUAUUCUCUCCCAAGCACCAUGUUCCUCAUCUUCAAAUUCCCCAUCUUCAAAUUCUUCAAAUUCCUCACUAGCUUUUGGCCUUUUAUCAUUCUGCAGGUUACAAACAGUCGAGGAGAUGUUCUCCAAUGUAGUCAUUACAUGCCUAUUGUUCGUCCAGAAGGAAAGGCUUUGCCUUGUGUAUUCUAUUGCCAUGGAAACAGUGGAUGCAGGGCAGAUGCCAGUGAAGCGGCUAUAAUAUUGUUGCCUUCAAACAUUACUGUUUUCACCCUUGAUUUCUCAGGGUCUGGACUAUCUGGAGGAGAGCAUGUCACAUUAGGG